AUGGAGCUGUAUUUCGGUGAAUAUCAACACGUGCAGCAAGAAUAUGGCGUCCACCUGAGACUUGCAAGUGAUGAAACCAGAAAAGCAAGGAAUUCCCAGCACUCUAAGGCAGGCUCCUACGGUGUCAGUAUUAGGGUGCAGGGGAUUGAUGGCCAUCCCUACAUAGUCCUGAAUAACACAGAACGGUGUCUGGCAGGCACCUUUUCUGAAAACGGGCCAUUGUUUCCAUCUCCAAUGAUAAACAACCUGCCGCUACAUUCCAGCAACGGGUCUGUGCUUGAGGAGAAUGAGGACGAAGAAUUGGAACUGCCAGAAAACCCAUAUGCCCCACCCAGCCCCAUAAAGAACUUGAAGCAAGCCACUCUGUAUGAGGGCAAGAACGGGGUUCUAGAACACAGGGACAGGCCAGUGAAGCCGUCUCACAUGCUCAACUUCCAGAGGCACCCGGAGCUUCUGCAGCCCUAUGACCCAGAAAAGAAUGAGUUGAACUUACAAAAGCACCAGCCUCCUGACAGUAAUUGGCUAAAAGCUUUAACAAAAGAAGGCACCAAUGAUAAGAAGCCUUGGACGUGCUUUCCCAAAUCUAGCAAUUCCCAGCCACCCACGAGUCCUCCCCUGGAAGAACAGACAAAAUCUAGUGUGACAGCGAUUCGUUUAUGCAGCUCUGUGGUCAUUGAUGACCCCAAGAAGCAGACAUCAGUGUGUGUAAAUGUUCAGAGCCAUACCAAGGAGGGGACAGCUGAGGAGGUCCUUUCGCCUAGUGGAAGGCUACUCACUACACAUGGACCUCACAGUCACCCCGAAUCCAAGAAGACAAGGCCGGAUGUUCUUCCCUUCCGAAGACAAGACUCAGCUGGCCCAGUUCUGGAUGGAUCUCGGUCACGGAGGUCUUCCUCAUCUUCCACGACUCCCACUUCGGCCAACUCCCUGUACAAAUUUUUACUUGAUGACCAGGAAUGUGCCAUCCAUGCUGACAAUGUGAAUCGUCAUGAAAAUAGAAGGUAUAUCCCGUUCUUGCCAGGUACUGGGCGGGAUAUUGAUACGGGAUCCAUUCCUGGUGUGGAUCAAUUAAUUGAAAAAUUUGAUCAAAAGCCUGGGCUUCAGAGAAGAGGAAGAUCUGGGAAGCGAAAUAGAAUCCAUCCAGACGAUAGGAAACGUUCUAGAAGUGUGGAUAGUGCCUUUCCGUUUGGUCUCCAAGGGAAUGCAGAGUACCUGAGUGAAUUUAGUCGGAACUUGGGGAAGUCCACAGAGCACCUCCUGCGACCCUCCCAAGUGUGCCCUCAGAAACCGCAGGAACACCGUGGGAAGCACAGUGGGGGCCGAACCUUCGCAAAGCUGCAGGGGGCCACGCAGGGCGCUCAGUGUGUGUCCCCGAGACCGCUGCAGCAGAACAAAGAUGGGAAAGUUCAAGAAAACAAAGGUAGUCAGGAAAAUACAGUGAUGUGUACAUCCUCCCUCCCAACACAGAACAAAAAGGAGGAGGAAAUAAAAACAGCCACAGCAACGCUGAUGUUACAGAACCGGGCAGCAGCCGCUUUGCCUGAUUCUGGUGCCAAGAAAAUAUCAGUGAAGACAUUUCCUUCCAACCCAAAUACUCAGGCCACACCGGACCUGCUGAAAGGCCAGCAGGAGCUCACUCAGCAAACCAACGAGGAGACUGCCAAGCAGAUACUGUACAAUUACCUCAAAGAAGGAAGCACAGAUAAUGAUGAUGCUACUAAAAGGAAAGUCAACCUGGUCUUUGAGAAGAUCCAGACUUUGAAGUCUCGAGCAGCGGGGAGUGCACAAGGACACCACCAGGCUUCUAAUCCUUCAUCUGAAAUAAAAGAUCUAUUGGAACAGAAAGACAAGUUGACUACAGAAGUGGCUGAACUUCAGAGACAGCUUCAACUUGAAAUCAAGAAUCAACAGAACGUCAAAGAAGAGAGAGAGAAAAUGAGAGCCAACUUAGAAGAGCUGCGGAGCCAGCAUGAAAACAAGGUGGAGGAGAACUCCGUGCUGCAGCAGCGACUAGAGGAGAGUGAGGGGGAGCUCCGCAAAAACCUGGAGGAACUGUUCCAGGUGAAGAUGGAACGGGAACACCACCAGACUGAGAUCAGAGACCUGCAGGACCAGCUCUCGGAAAUGCAUGAUGAACUGGACAGUGCCAAACAGUCCGAGGACAGGGAAAAGGGGGCUCUGAUUGAGGAGCUCUUACAGGCAAAACAGGAUCUGCAAGAUCUACUCAUAUCCAAAGAAGAGCAAGAAGACCUCUUGAGAAAGAGGGAGCGUGAACUCACUGCCCUGAAAGGUGCUUUGAAAGAAGAGGUUUCCAGCCACGAUCAGGAGAUGGACAAGCUGAAGGAGCAGUAUGAUGCUGAGCUGCAGGCCUUGAGGGAGAGUGUGGAGGAGGCCACCAAGAAUGUUGAGGUCCUGGCUAGUCGGAGCAACACUUCAGAACAAAACCAGGCCGGAGCUGACGCUCGAGUGAGGGCUCUAAACGAGGAGAAUGAGCGACUUCGGGGGAGAGUGGCAGAGCUGGAGCGGAGUGUCACCCGGCUUCACAGGCAGCUUGAUGACAUGAAAGGAGAGGAAGCCAAGGCCAAAGAAACACUUCAGAAGUACGAGGGAGAAAAGCGGCAAUUAGAGGAGCUCCUUGGACGUGCCAGAAAGGAAGAAAAGGAAGCGAUGACAGCACAAAAGAGUCUGAAGAGUGACCUGGAGGACGCUCAGAAAAAUCUGACUCGGGCCACCCAGGAGCAGAAGCAAUUAUCUGAGAAGUUAAAAGAUGAGACUGAGCAGAAGGAGCAGUUAAGGCGGCUGAAGAAUGAAAUGGAGAAUGAGCGAUGGCAUCUGGACAAGACCAUAGAGAAACUUCAGAAGGAGAUGGCUGACAUUGUGGAAGCAUCUCGAACAUCAACGCUGGAGCUCCAGAACCAGCUGGAUGACUACAAGGAGAAAAAUCGCCGGGAGCUUGCAGAAAUGCAAAGACAGUUGAAGGAGAAAACCCUGGAGGCAGAAAAGUCCCAUCUAGCAGUGGUGAAAAUCCAGGAUGAGAUGUGCCUGAUGGAGGAAGAGCUACGGGACUCCCAGAGAUCUCAGGAGGAGGCUCUCACAAAAAGGCAGCUUCUGGAACAGACACUGAAGGAAUUGGAGUAUGAACUGGAAGCCAAGAGCCACCUCAAGGAUGACCGUGGUCGACUCGUCAAGCAAAUGGAGGACAAGGUGUCUCAACUAGAAAUGGAAUUGGAAGAAGAAAGAAACAACUCAGAUUUGCUGUCAGAGAGGAUCUCUCGGAGCAGGGAACAGAUCGAGCAAAUGAGGAAUGAGCUACUUCAGGAGAAAGCCGCGAGGCAAGACUUGGAAUGUGACAAGAUUUCGCUGGAGAGGCAGAACAAGGACUUAAAGAGCCGGAUUAUCCACCUGGAAGGUUCCUACAGGUCCAGCAAGGAGGGGCUGGUGGCCCAGAUGGAAGCCAGGAUUGCAGAGCUGGAGGACCGAUUGGAGAAUGAGGAGAGGGACCGUGCCAACCUCCAGCUCAGCAACCGAAGGCUGGAGAGGAAAGUGAAGGAGCUGGUGAUGCAGGUAGAUGACGAGCACCUGUCACUGACUGACCAGAAGGACCAGCUGAGCCUACGCUUGAAAGCGAUGAAGCGGCAGGUGGAAGAGGCCGAGGAGGAGAUUGACAGACUGGAAAGUUCCAAGAAGAAGCUGCAAAGGGAGCUGGAGGAGCAGAUGGAUGUGAACGAGCAGCUGCAGGGACAGCUCAACUCCAUGAAGAAGGAUUUGAGGCUAAAGAAGUACCCGAGUAAAGUGCUGGACGACAUGGAUGAUGACGAUGACCUCAGCACCGACGGCGGGAGCCUCUAUGAGGCACCCUUGAGCUACACCUUCCCCAAGGACAGCACCAUCAUCAGCCAGAUCUGA